GCCGGGUGCAGACGGCUUAUUCUCUGCGUGGCCGGCUUCGGGCGCGGUCGGACGUGCACUCAGCGGGCGCUCGUCAUGGCCUCCACCGGGACCCAUCCGUCUCCAGCUGCCCCUGCGGGCGCUGCCGCCCUCGCCUCAGCACCGCCUCCGCCACCCGCGGCGGGGAUCCUCAUCGGGGACCGCUUGUACUCGGAGGUCUCGCUGACCAUCGACCACUCGCUCAUCCCCGAGGAGCGGCUCUCGCCCACCCCUUCCAUGCAGGACGGGCUGGACCUCCAGGCCGAGACCGACCUGCGGAUCCUGGGCUGCGAGCUCAUCCAGUCCGCCGGGAUCAUCCUUCGCCUGCCGCAGGUGGCGAUGGCGACCGGGCAGGUGCUGUUUCAUCGCUUCUUCUACUCCAAGUCUUUCGUCAAGCACAGCUUCGAGAUUGUUGCUAUGGCCUGCAUCAAUCUUGCUUCCAAAAUUGAAGAAGCACCUCGUCGCAUAAGAGAUGUGAUCAAUGUUUUCCACCACUUGCGCCAGUUGAGAGUCAAAAGGACUCCAAGCCCAUUGAUACUUGAUCAGAACUACAUAAACACCAAAAAUCAAGUAAUCAAAGCAGAAAGGAGGGUGCUGAAGGAAUUGGGAUUUUGUGUUCAUGUCAAGCAUCCUCAUAAGAUAAUUGUUAUGUAUUUGCAAGUCUUAGAAUGUGAACGUAACCAAACUCUCGUCCAGACAGCCUGGAAUUACAUGAAUGACAGCCUUCGAACCAAUGUGUUUGUCCGAUUUCAGCCAGAGACAAUAGCCUGUGCUUGUAUUUACCUUGCUGCUAGAGCUCUUCAGAUUCCUUUGCCCAACCGUCCUCAUUGGUUCUUGCUUUUUGGUACUACUGAGGGAGAUAUUCAGGAGAUAUGCUUAACAACUCUUAAGCUGUAUACUAGAAAGAAGCCUAACUAUGAGUUGCUUGAUAAGGAAGUAGAAAAGAGGAAAAUGGCACUACAGGAAGCUAAACUAAAAGCAAAAGGAUUAAACCCUGAUGGAACACCAGCUCUUUCAACAUUGGGAGGUUUUUCACCUGCUUCUAAGCCCUGUUCUCCAAGAGAAAUAAAAGCAGAAGAGAAAUCUCCAGUGUGUAUCAACGCAAAAACUAUCAAAAAGGAACCAGAAGAUAGACAAGUGGCUUCCAAGAGCCCUUACAAUGGUAUGAGAAAAGAGAGCAAGAGAAGUAGAAGCAGCAGAAGUGCUAGUCGGUCAAAGUCGAGAACAAAGUCACGAUCUAGAUCCCACUCUGCAAGGAGACAUUACAACAAUAGGCGGAGCCUGUCCGGAACCUACAGCUCCAGAUCCAGAAGCCGAUCACGGAGCCACAGUGGCAGUCCUCGGAGGCAUCAUAAUCACGGAUCUCCUCACCUAAAACCCCCCAAGCAUAGCAGGGAAGAGCUGAAGGGGGCAAACAGACACGGUCACAAACGGAAAAAGUCACGCUCACGUUCCCAGAGCAAAUCCAGGGAUCAUUCAGAUGUGGCCAAGAAACACCGGCAUGAACGGGGACACCACAGGGACAGGCGUGAACGGUCUCGCUCAUUUGAGCGAUCACACAAAGGCAAACACCACGGCAGCAGCCGUUCAGGACAUAGCCGGCACAGGCGUUAACUGUGAAGCAAACUGCCUUAGUUGUGCUUGCCUAUUAUACGACGUACGGGACUGUGUGAAACUUGAAGUCAAUUAGGAUUUGAUUUGAAGCCCAACACCUUCAAUAUGUAGGACAUUUUUUUUUCUUUUUGAAGAACUGUGUUGAAUUCUUGCACAUCAAACACCUUAGCAGUAUCUGACUGAGUUAAAAUAUUGAUCAGGUUAAAUUGUAUGUGUUAGUUGUGUAUCUGUAUGAAAACUGGAGAAUUGUUUCUGUACAAAUGUACCUUAUUUUUAUACAAAACAUAUU